AUAUGAGAGGGGACCAGAGAUUACAGAGGGAGGACAUGGUUAAGAAUUAAAAGACAACAUCACUGGGAUAAAGUUAAUAUUGGACUGCGUUACCUCAGACACGAAGAAAUUCUUUGUCAACCUCAAGUGUUGCUGUUUUUGUCAACACACCCGUGGAAGUAUACUGAAAACAGAAACUUGAAGGUUAUCUUUGGACAACAAAGGAAUUGAACAAGUUCAUAGUAUGCGUGUAGCUUAAUUAACCGUGAUAACGAUGAAGCCUUUAUCUUUCAAAGUCACCUCAGACCACUUUCGGCUGUGCGUCUUCCUGAGUCUACUUUGGGUUGUCACUGACUCCAAUGCUACACCAACACCACCAUCAACACCAGCGUCAACACCAGCACAAACAUCAACGCCAAGCACAACGCUUACAACAACAGUGACUAGCACAACAGAAGCCACAACGACGGCAGCACCGCCAACGACUACAACGACAACCCCUGCAACAACACAACCACCUCCUGACAAUGUCAAGGACGUGCAGGUGUUGUCACAAAAUGAGAACAGUAUAACUCUGGUGUGGGACAAGGUUGACAACAUACUAACAUACUUCCUAAAGUAUGAUAACGAGGGUCUCAAGGUGGUUCCUAUCAUUGCAUUAGAAGCAGGGCCAUCUGUUACACAUGUGGUCUCUUCGCUUACUGCUGGAAUAGAAUAUAAUUUCACUCUCUUCACUUCAUCUGAGGGAGGCAACAGUACUGGAUACAAAUUUCAGGCUGUCACUGCUCCCCUUAAUGCCGAAGAUUUCCAGUCAGUUGACCAAACUGACACCAGUGUAACUCUGCAGUGGAAAAAAGUGGGAAAUUUCAACUACAUUCUUGUGCUCAAUGAAGAAGAGACAAACAUCACUGCAUCAGAGGGAUCUGAACCUGAGAGACACACAAUCUCAGGACUCACAAGUGGGACUAGACAUGAAUUCACUCUCUACACUGUGUUUAAAGAUGCCAGAAGUAGUGGAGUACCCACCACUGCAUUUACCAUUCCUCUUAACGCAAACGGGUUCAAGUCAGUCAACCAGAGUGAGAUCAGUAUAACCCUACAGUGGGAAAAAGUGAACAACGUCCCCAACUAUAGACUUGUGUUCAAUGGCCAGACGAUAAACAUCCCUGCAUCAGAGGCGGAUCCAGUGACAUACGUAGUCUCAGACCUCACAAAUACAACGAGAUACAACUUCACUCUCUUCACUGUGUUUGAAAAUGUCACAAGCCGCGGAGUAAACAUCAUUGCAUUUACUGCACCUCCUGACGCAGAAGGGUUCGAAUCAGUUGAACAAAGUGAGACCAAUAUAACUCUGCAGUGGAAAAGCGUGAAUGAUUUCGUCAACUAUACACUUGUGUAUUUUGGAAAGGAGAUAAACAUUUCUGCAUCGACAGAAGAGGAACCAAUAAAAUACACAGUCCCAGAGCUCACAAGUGGGACUAAAUACGACUUCACUCUCUACAGUGUGUUUGAAACUGUCAGAAGCAGUGGAGUAAAACACAGUGCACCCACUGCUCCUAAAAAUGUGCCGGACGUGAAUUUGUUGACACAAAAUGAGAACAGUAUAACUCUGGUGUGGGACAAGGUUAACGACAACUCAACAUACCUCCUACAAUAUCAUAAAGAAGGUCAUCUUGAGGUGGACACUAUCCUUGCGCCAGAGGGAGGGUCAUCAGUUACACAUGUGGUCUCUUCGCUCACUGCUGGGACCAUAUAUCAUUUCACUCUCAUCACUCAGUUUGAGGGAGUCAACAGUACUGGAUACAGAUUUGACGCUGUCACUGCUCCCCUUAAUGCAAAACAGUUCAAAGCGGUUCGCCAAAAUGAGAUCAGUAUAACCCUACAGUGGGAAAAAGUGAACGGUGUCCUCAACUAUACACUUGAGUUCAAUGAAACGAUGAUAAACAUCACUGUAUCAGAGGAAGAUCCAAUGACAUACACAGUCUUAGACCUUGAAAGCAUGAGGAGAUACGUCUUCACUCUCUUUGCUGUGUUUGAAAAUGCCAGAAGCAGCGGAAUAAACACAAUUGCAUUUACUGCACCUCGUAACACAGAAAAGUUCGAAUCAGUUGAACAAAAUGAGACCAGCAUAACACUGCAAUGGAAACAAGUGAACGAAGUCCUCAGCUAUACACUUAUGUUCAAUAAAAUGGAGAUUAAUGUUGCUGCUUCAGCGGGACUUCAAGUGAAACACACAGUCACGGAGCUCAAAAGUGGGACGAAAUAUCACUUCACCCUCUACAGUCUGUUUGAAACUGUGAGAAGCAGUGGAGUAAACUACAGUGCACCCACUGCUCCAGCAAACGUUAACAACGUAACUGUGGUGACACAGAAUGAGAGUAGUAUAACUCUGAAGUGGGACAAGGUAAACGACAUCUCAACUUACUUCCUACAAUAUGAUAACAAUGGAAGUUUCAUUGAGGUCAAUCAAGAGGCAUCAGUUACCUAUGAGGUCUCUUCACUUAAUGCCGGGACAAAAUAUAAUUUCACCCUCAUCACUCGCUUUGAGAAAGUCAACAGCACUGGAUUCUCGUUUUGCGCUGUUACUGUUCCCUCAAUGGUGCCUUUGGUCAAUGUGACUGAACGCUCCGUGACCAGCAUAAACCUGACGUGGCAGAAUGUGAAUAAAGACUGGAACUACUUUCUCCUAAUUGAUGGAGGAAUUACCCAAAGUCUCCGAGGUCCAGACUCAGAUGUUGUGUCCCGUUCAGUCACGUCUCUCCAGCCUGGGACAGCGUAUCCUUUCAGCGUGAUCACAGAAUUCUCUGGACACAACAGCACUGCGUACAAAGGCUUCACAGUAACAAAAAUAGACUGUGCCAAUGUCAGCUGGCGUGUUACGAACUCAUCAAUCCAAGGAGUGGUUGAAGGCUUGUUCUCGAAUGCCACAGUCACUAAUCAAUCACAAAUUCAUGUCAGCCCUGGAGGCAGCAAUGUGACAUUUACAGAUCUUUACCCUGGCGCGACCUACAACAUGUCUCUUGUGUAUGAAAAAGAUUCCAUCUCCUUUUCUCAGUGUAACCACACGUUGACAAUCAUGCCUCCAAUGUUAAGUGCUCACUGCAAGUACUGGGCAGCUGGCUACUCUAUCCUUAUUGUCUGGAAUGAACCUGAAGGUGUGUGGACUGACGUGGAGGUGAAUGUGAUGGGGGAUAGUCACAUAGUGGCUGAUAAUGGGCAACGGCAACUCACAAUCCCUGGAUUCCUACCUGCCAGAACAUAUGAGGUGUCUCUAACUUCACUGUCUGGGCUAGAGAGGAGUUAUGAACCAUUUGUUUUUCAGUGUUCUACUGAUCCAAGGGGAGUCAUUGCAGGGUCAGUAUUUGCUGUUCUGCUUUUUGCUAUCCUGGUCUGUCUGGCUGUCUUCAUUUUUUUGAAAAGACCAGAUAUAAUCAGCAGGAAAAAGUCAUUCAUUGGUGGUUCCAGACAAGCCGAUAAAAAGUGCAAAGCAAUUUCUGUGGCAAAGUUCCCAGACCACUUCGCCCAGUUAAGUGCAGAUGAGAACAGAGGUUUUACCCAGGAAUAUGAUAGCCUCGCGCCUGUGGGCACAGAGCAAACACGUAAGGCAGCGGGUCUACCUGAGAACAAAACGAGGAAUCGUUUCAACAAUGUCCAGCCAUAUGACUGGUGUCGGGUGAAACUAACUUCAUCCAGUCACAAUGAAACCUCUGACUACAUUAAUGCCAGUUACAUGCCAGGCUACAACAGCAACAGAGAAUUCAUCGCCACUCAGGGUCCUCUGCCCGCCACAGUCGAUGAUUUCUGGAGGAUGAUCUGGGAGCAAAGAGUAAAAGGCAUUGUUAUGGUAACCAACUGCACGGAGAACGGACGGAUUAAGUGUGAACAAUACUGGCCUGCAGACAGUCAGCCCUGCCCUUAUGGAGAGCUGUUGGUCACUGUCAGCUCUGAGCAGCAGGAGCCCAACUGGACACUGAGGGAAUUUAGGCUGAAACAAAGGAACACCUCGGAGGAGCGCACAGUGAAACAUUUUCACUUCACCGCCUGGCCUGACCACGGAGUCCCACAGGGCACAGAAGUCCUGAUCCAGUUCAGAGGACUGGUGAGACAGCACAUAGAGAGCACAGGGACCGGAGCGCCAACUGUGGUUCACUGCAGUGCUGGAGUGGGGAGGACAGGCACUAUCAUAGCCCUGGAUGUGCUGCUUCAGCAGCUUGCGAAACAAAGAGCAGUGGGCAUCAAAGGCUUCGUGUACAAGAUGAGACUGAGCCGACCGUACAUGGUGCAGACAGAGUCCCAGUAUGUGUUCCUGCACCAAUGCAUCAUGGACAGUCUGCAGCCACGUGAGAAGACAGAGGAGAACAUAUACGAGAACGCGGACAUGAUAUACGCCAACGCCACUGCGCUGCGGGAGUUUCAUAAUGCAAAUGCCUAAAGAAGACUGGCAGCACUCAAGUCAGUCCUUUAAGCACUUAAUGACAAACUAAUCCUAAUGUCUACAUGCUAUAUUUUGUAAUAAACUGUAAAUACGUAAUACAUUGAAGUCGUAUAUAUUCACUGUACAUGUAUAACACUCUUGAUUUUAUUUAACUUGUACAUUCUUUUGUCUCUCGUAUCUACCAAAUGUGUAUUCUUGUUAAUCUUAUAUCAUGUGAGGGAACAGAUGACCGCAGAAUGAAAAAGAAAUGUAGGUAGAAAAGAAUGAUUUUCUAUUUGUACAAGAAAUAAACUAUUUUUUAUUAACAAAAA